AUGGAUUAACAUCAUUCUAAAUCUUUUGGUGUUUUAAAUUAGUUGAACUCUCGGCUUUUUAAACCAAAACCAUUUACUUUUAGACUAUAAUUAGGUAAAUAAUGUCUUUAUAAUCUAAGGUCCAUUACCUGCUGAAACAACGCGAGUUCAUAAGUAAGCUCUUAUCAGUCCUUCUACAAAUGAUAAUGAUUCAAAGUAUUGCUGUAUAUAAAUUAGUCAUUCUCCUUCUCCAUAAUUAAGAGCUUUGAAGUCAUAUAGAGUUUCGACUGAAAUAUUAAAUGAAUCUCCAAUCGAUUAGAUAUAAUUAAUUAUAAGAGAGAAUGAGAACUUAAAAAAAUCGUUAAACCAAAAAUAAAAGAUAAUUGAAACCUUGACAAGAUCUCAAAAGAUUAAAACCCGAUUAGAUUUCAAUGAUUUGAACAAAAAUUCAAGAUCUCAUAAUUAACCUUAAAGCUAAUAGGAUGCUUUUAAACCUAAGUUAAUUGAAGUUAAGUAAUCUGUUUCUCAAAAUUACAAUAAACGUACAAAAUUACCAAAAAUUAAUGACAGUCUCCCAAAAGAUGAUGAUUGUAACUUCACUUUUGCUAAUAAUUUUUUUAAAAACAUUGCCAUUUGUCAAAAUUAAAAAAUCAAUUUUAAAUAAGUGUUUGCCUAAUCUCAUCUAAAGAAGAAAUUUUUCACUUGA